AUGGUUGAACAUGGAUGCAGUCUGUUAAUAAAAAAUUUAAGCUUCCACACCAGUCCACACAAAAUCAGGCAAAUCUUCCAGAGCUUUGGUAAAGUGCGAGAUGUAUAUUUACCCCUAGAUCAUUACACAAGGAGGCCCAGAGGCUUCGGUUUUGUCGAAUAUUAUGAACCCCAGUAUGCAAAAGAAGCCAUGAACAUUUUGAACCAUUCGAAGAUAGACGGUAAUGAAAUUAAAAUAAUCAUUGCUCAGAAUAGGAGGAAGUCUCCAGAGACCAUGAAGAUGUAUCAACACCAUGCACGUGAAAGUAGGUACAGAAGACAUCCUUAUCGGAGUGACAGUAGGGGUAAAAUAAUUCUUCACACAAGCAGCGCUAGAUCAACUAGACAUGAAAGACACCAAUAUUGCCGAAGUAAGAGUCGCAUAAUGCAUAAAGAGGGCAAAAGGGAAAAAAUGGCUAGCAGAUACCGGCCUGGUAAAAGAUACUCAGACAGCGUUUCCACCUACAGCGCGUCUUCUUCGUACCGUUCGCCUUACAGCAGGGGGAGCAAUCGUCGGAGCGCUCUAAGACGACGAUGCACUCGAGGAAGAAGUCGCAAAGUGAACAGAAGCGGGAAGAGGGGCGCUGUCAGGAGUGCGAGCAGCACCACCAACUACAGUUACAGUUACAGCGAUAGCGACAGGGAUAGCAGCCGUGACAGUUACUGCACGCAGGAACGCGACAAAGGGAGAAGCAAAGUCAAAAGGAAAAACACGAAAGGGGGACAAAGAAAAGGCCAAAGGGACGCAACCAGAAAAGGAAGAAAGAGGAAGAAAAGAGAGACGUUUAGCAGAAGUGUCAGUCUCAGCAAAAGCGACGGGGAAAGCAACGGGCACAGCAAAGACGGUGGACGACCCGUAAAGGAUCCUCAAAAAGACAUCGAAGGAGGAGGCGCAAAAGAUACUGAAAAGAAUACCCCUAAAGACAUGCGAGGAAGAAUCUGUAAAAGCUACUCCACCGAGGAGGAAAACCAACCUCAGGAACAGACUCACCAUGACGCAGACUCACUCGAACGUGGCGAAGGAGUAGAAACAAGCAGAACGAAGAAACAAACAAAGUCAAGUAACAAUUGCAGUGAAGAUACAACCCUAAUCAGGGAUCCAAACGGAAAAGGAAAUUCAAAGGAGGAGCCACCACAACUGAAUUAUCAACACAGCCCAACCAAUGGACAGAAUGAAAAAGAAUAUUUGCUCGACCGAUGGGAGGAGACAAAGAAAAGCAAAGAAGCCAAGUCCGCAAGUCCCAGCAGCAACGGCCAUGUAAACUGUGAUGGAAUGACUCCAGAGGAAGAAAGAGACGAAACGUAUGCGCAAGGAGAGUCACCACCUUCAAUGAGGGUAAAUGGAAAAGGCAGCAAUAUGGACGCAAGUACAAAUAAAGGACGUGGAUCCUCGCAAGGGAUGCAGGAGGAAAGCUCCUCCCCCAGCGUGACAAAAAAAAAAAACAUAUCUCGUCCCACCAUUGCAAGUGACACAAACAACACACAGAAGGACCAUCUCCCAAGUGGUGAAAAAGAAAAUGGUAACGGAGUAGACACAAGGAGCAUAGCCAGUAGUAGUGCCAUCGAGGAGGACAAGAUGCACCUGAAGGAGGACGCGGAAUUGUGUUACUUAAGUCCAUAUGAUAACGCAAAUGGGGCAGACAACAUCCACUCUGGGGAAGACUGCAAUGGCGGGAAUGCCAACGCGUCCAGCAGGACUGGCUCGACUGACUCGACUGGCAGCACCUACAGAGGAUGCAGAACACAACACAAGGAAAGACAUGCACAUGAAGGGAACAGAAAAAAAAAAAGAAUUCAUGAGAGUCAUUCAAGUGAUAGGUCCACAACGGGGGAGAAGACAAGUGUUCGUAGUAGAUCGAGGGAGAGGAGAAGCGGGAAAAAUGCGAAUGGACACAGGAGCAUGAUGCAAAAUGGACGAAGAAACAGGAGCAGAAUAACAUUAAGUAUAAGUGAGAGUAGGACAGCGCACAGAGGUAGAAGCACCUGUGAUGAUGCGCGAGAAUCGCCAGAUGGAAAAAGGGGCGUCGCGAAGAGGAAAAGGAGCAGCAGUGGUAGAGAUCAUGAAAGUGAUGAGAGCGACACACGGAGGUUAAAACGCGCGCGCAUGUCCGCAGAUACAGAGGACACCCCUCGAGAGAAGCGAAGCCGCCAGGGGAAGAAAACCCGAAAGGGUAGCAACUCGAUUGGUAAAAGGAAACACAGCAAAAGGGAGAAGCUGAAGAGGGAGAAAAAAAAAAAGUCGAAAAAAAGCAAGUCAAAAAAGGACAAGUCCAGGAAGAAGAAAUGCAAAAAAAGCAAGUCACAAAAAAAAUCAUAUCACAGCUCGACCUACAGCCAAAGUAGAAGAAGUGGGUCCUCUGCUGUAUCGUCCGUCGAGAGCAGUAGUUCCCACAGCGAUUCCUCUAAGAUGGAAACAGGUAGGAAGCACUCUUCUGCGAACGGUUCCAAGGGGAAGGCACGUAAACGAGACGCGCGAAGGAGGAGGGAAAGGAAGGUAGACAGCGACAUGUCUGAUGAUUGCUCCUCCUCCGUGAGCUGUGAAAACUCCCCUCCAGUGGUUCGAAGCAAGCGUUGA